CCCCCGCACGCGCUCCGACUCGGAUGGGCCCGCCUGCCCCAUAGAUGUGGCUGCUGAGGCGGAGGCGGCGGUGGCCGGUCCAGCUGCUGCCCUCCCCGGCUUCUGCCCCGGUGCUCUCGUCUUCUCCGCUGCCGCCCCCAGCCCCGCGCCGCCCCCGCCGCCAUGGACAAGAUCCUGGAGGGCCUGGUGAGCUCGUCGCACCCGCUGCCGCUGAAGAGGGUGAUCGUGCGCAAGGUGGUCGAGUCGGCCGAGAACUGGCUGGACGAGGCGCAGUGCGAGGCCAUGUUCGGCCUCACGACGAGGCUCAUCCUGGAGGGCCAGGACCCCUUUCAGAGGCAGGUGGGGCACCAGGUGUUGGAGGCCUACGCCCGCUACCACCGCCCGGAGUUCGAGAGCUUCUUCAACAAGAGCUUCGUGCUGGGCCUCCUGCAGCGCGGCUACCGCACGCUGGACAGGAAGGACGUGGCCAUCCUGGACUACAUCCACACCGGGCUGAAGCUGAUCAUGAGCUGCCCCUCCGUGCUGGACCUGUUCAGCCUGCUGCAGGUGGAGGUCCUGCGCAUGGUGUGCGAGAGGCCCGAGCCGGCACUGUGCGCGCGCCUCUGCGACCUUCUGAGCGACUUCGUGCAGUGCAUCCCCAAGGGCAAGCUGGCCGUGGCCUUCUGCCAGCAGCUGGUGCGGACCAUCGGGCACUUCCAGUGCGUCUCCACCCAGGAGAAGGAGCUGCGGGAGUAUGUCUCGCAGGUGACCAAAGUCAGCAACUUGCUGCAGAACAUUUGGAAGGCGGAACCCGCCACGCUGCUGCCCUCCCUGCAAGAAGUGUUUGCAAGCAUCUCCUCCACUGAUGCUUCAUUUGAACCCUCUGUUGCCUUGGCAAGUCUAGUGCAGCAUAUUCCACUGCAGAUGAUUACAGUUCUCAUCAGGAGCCUUACCACCGAUCCAAAUGUAAAAGAUGCGAGUAUGACCCAAGCUCUGUGCAGAAUGAUUGAUUGGCUCUCUUGGCCUUUGGCACAGCACGUGGAGACAUGGGUGAUUGCACUGCUGAAAGGACUGGCAGCAGUGCAGAAGUUUACUAUUUUGAUAGAUGUUACUUUGCUCAAAAUUGAAUUGGUUUUUAAUCGACUUUGGUUUCCUCUUGUGAGACCUGGUGCUCUUGCAGUUCUUUCCCACAUGUUGCUUAGUUUUCAGCAUUCUCCAGAGGCUUUCCAUUUGAUUGUUCCACAUGUGGUUAACUUGGUUCACUCUUUCAGAACUGAUGGCCUGCCUUCCAGUACAGCCUUCCUAGUACAGUUAACAGAGCUGAUACACUGUAUGAUGUAUCAUUAUUCAGGAUUUCCAGAUCUUUAUGAACCUAUUCUGGAAGCCAUCAAGGAUUUUCCUAAACCCAGUGAAGAGAAGAUUAAAUUGAUCCUCAAUCAAAGUGCCUGGACCUCUCAGUCUAAUUCCUUGGCAUCUUGUUUGUCUAGACUCUCUGGAAAAUCUGAAACUGGGAAAACUGGACUGAUUAACUUAGGAAAUACUUGUUAUAUGAACAGUGUGAUACAGGCAUUGUUCAUGGCCACAGAUUUCAGGAGGCAUGUAUUAUCUUUAAAUCUAAAUGGGUGCAAUUCAUUAAUGAAAAAAUUACAGCAUCUUUUUGCCUUUUUGGCUCAUACACAAAGGGAAGCAUAUGCCCCACGGAUAUUUUUUGAGGCUUCCAGGCCUCCCUGGUUUACUCCUAGAUCACAGCAGGACUGUUCUGAAUACCUCAGGUUUCUGCUAGACAGACUCCAUGAAGAAGAGAGAACCUUGAAAGCUCUGUCUUCACUGAAGCCUUCUGAAAGUAUGGGAUCUGAUGAAGCAUCAUUACAGGAAGUAGACAACAGGGCAGCACCAUUUACAGAGAUCCCUUACACAAAUGAUAGUGAGAAAACCUUAAUAGAAAAAAUGUUUGGGGGAAAACUCCAAACUAAUAUACACUGUUUGAACUGCAGGAGUACCUCACAGAAAGAGGAAGCCUUUACAGAUCUUUCACUUGCAUUUUGUCCUUCCUCUUCUAUGGAAAACCUAUCUUUUCAAGAUCCAUCAUGUUCUCCUAAGGUGCAGGAUGACUUUGUGGUACAGGCUAGUGUGGUAACAGCUGGCUCUCCUGAAGAGUCAGCAUUUUGUCAUCCUGCCUCCACUGGCUGUGGCUCUGAGACUGUCAUGGAUGAAGCAGCUUUAGACAAUCUUUCUUCUGAGCUUCACUGUACAGAAAACACUUUGGUCUCUAAUGAACCAUGCAAGAUUCAAAUUAACAAAGGAGUAGCUCAGAAACCAGGAGGUGAAAGCACACCUUCAGUUACUGACUUGCUAAAUUAUUUUCUGGCACCAGAAAUCCUUAAUGGCGAUAACCGCUAUUAUUGUGAAAACUGUGCUUCUCUACAGAAUGCAGAGAAAACUAUGCAAAUCAUGGAGGAACCUGAAUACCUUAUUCUCACUCUCCUGAGAUUUUCCUAUGAUCAGAAGUGUCACAUACGACGCAAAAUCCUAGACAAUGUGUCACUGCCAUUGGUUUUGGAGUUACCAGUCAAAAGAACUAAUUCCUCUCUAACUGCAUUAUCAGAAAGUUGGUCAGUAGAUGUUGAUUUCACAGAUACUGGUGAGAAUCUGGCUAAAAAGCUCAAGUCCUCAGGGACUGAUGAAGCAUGCUGCCCAAAACUGGUGCCCUAUCUGUUAAGCUCUGUUGUUGUUCACUCAGGCAUAUCCUCUGAAAGUGGACAUUACUAUUCAUAUGCCAGAAAUAUCACAGGUUCUGACUCUUCCUUUCAGCUGUGCCAUCAGUCUGAAACUCUGGCUCUAGCUUCCCCUCAGGGACAUUUGUUGGGGGGGGAAAUUCCUACUGCAGUUAUUGAGCAGGAUCUGGAAAAUAAUGAAAUGUCAAAGGAGUGGUUUUUAUUUAAUGACAGCAGAGUGACGUUUACCUCAUUUCAAUCAGUCCAGAAAAUUACCAGUAGGUUUCCAAAGGAUACUGCUUAUGUUCUAUUGUACAAAAAACAGAAUAGUACUAGUGGUUUCAGCGCUAAUAAUACAACUAAUGGACUCUGGGUGAAUGGAGACCCGCCUCUGCAAAAGGAACUUAUGGAUGCUAUAACAAAAGAUAAUAAACUAUACUUGCAGGAACAAGAGCUGAAUGCUCGAACACGUGCACUACAGGCUGCUUCUGCUUCCUGUUCCUUUCGGCCCAAUGGAUUUGAUGACAAUGACCCUCCAGGAAGCUGUGGACCAACCGGGGGAGGGGGAGGGGGAGGAUUCAGUACAAUUGGCAGGCUAGUUUUUUGAUCCUAAGAAGGAAAAAUCCAAUCCUGAAUGCACUGAUUAUAAAACAGCAUCCAAUACUUAUUAUUAUGACUGUUAAAAUGUCAGAUUGUAUCAAACAUAUCUAGUUUUAUUUUCUUUUUCAUUUGAUCCCUAUACUAAGAACCCUACCCAUUACUUGUUUUUAUUUUCUUGACAAUACAUUUAUUUAUUAACAAAGUGCAUCAUGGAAAAAAUCUACCUCUUAAAAGUCCAUUUACUUUUAUGGUUAGACAUGCUUGACCAAAAGAAAACAUAAAACUUUCAAAGAAAAUAUAUAGAUGGUCCCUAAUUAAGCUGCAUUAAAUUUAGUAGAGGCAAUUAAACUGUCCUGCUCCUAUUCAUACUGAGUAAAAAGACAGUUUAUUGUCCUUUUGAAAAGAAAUCUGCAUUGAACCAAGAAAGGAGGAAGGGGUGGGAAGAGGUUCAAAACAUAUUUAAAUAUAUCGUACGUAGUUAUCCCAUUAUUAAAUUUGUAUGUCCUUGAAAAUAUCAGAGGUGAUGCAAUCUAUAAUGAAGGCAAUAACUUAACAUUUGUCAUGCUACAGUACUUUCCAAGUUAGUGCUCUUCAGAGACAUUUUAUUUACUUUUCAAGUACAAAUGUUUGAGGAAGAACAUUUAUAGAUAUUUACUAAAUUGAUUUCAGAAAAAAAAGUGCAUGGUCCUGUAGGAGCAAAAUUUUUUAACUAGAAAUUGCUAACUUUGUAGUAUUUCUAAUUGUUUAAGGAUUUUUAAAUUCUAUUUCAGGGAGUAUAUCUGCUUCGUGUUUUGAAGGAGGUGGGUUCUGUAUGUGCCUUGCAGUACUGUAAUUAAAAAUGUGAGUCUUUGGCUGCAGAAAAUUUAAAGAACAUGAAACCUUAGAAAUUAACUUCUUUUGUGUUGAUGGUAUUAGAAUUAUAACUUUUUGAAAGGUAUUAGAUUUUCCAGAAGUAAAAUCUGGUGGUUCUGAAAAAAAAGUUUGGUAGUUUAUUAUAAACUCCUAAAAUAAUUCAGAAGAAAUUAUUCUAGGAAAGCAUAAUUUUUUUUGAAUUGCAUUAACCAAACAAAAUCCUGAGCAUUAAACAUUGAUCCCAAAUUUUGGAGCUGCAAAUUUGUUUUAUUUUUAGUUCAGAUCUCAUCUCUUUGUGUUACAUAUUUGUAUCUCUGUGAGUAGUUGUAUAAAUCCCAGAGUAUGGACUUCUUGUCCUGGAUCUUAACCUAUCAGAAAACUCAAAUAGUACUUAGGCUUUCUUACUCUACACAGAAUUGAAAAAUUAUUCUUUUUUAAAGUAAUCCUGCUAUGUUCUUAUGAUUUGAUUUUUGUUUCAUCCACAUUUGCUUUGAAAAACAGCUUAAGGAAAGAAUGGAGUUGGGGGAUUUGGCCUUGUCUUUUUUUUCCUUUGUGUUUUAUGACAAUUUGUAAAAAGUCCAAAUUUCCAGAGAAGGGAGAGAACCCAAGAAAAUCUGCUUGAGUUUUUUAAAGCCUAGAAAUGUUUUUUGCAGAAUAUCAAGAAGUCUGGGUUCAGGUCCAUCCUCUUGACUGUGUGACCAUGUUGAAGUCAUGUAAAUUCUCAGGGCUCCCCAGACAACUCUUAAGACUACAAGUAUUACAGCAUGUGCUGUUAUGGAUUAAAGGGAGUCAUUCAUUGGGCAUUUUUGCCUACAAAGAUGGAAAUAUUGGUUCUUAAAAAACUCUGCCUUACAUUUCUUUUAAUUGAAUGAGUUGCCUGGGAUUUUAUUAUUCAUCUUUGCUGUAGGUUUGAGCCUCUAAAGAUAAACACGGUAAAAUUGUACAUGCAUUCAUAUUUGUGACAGUAAGUGAAUCAAUUUUGAGGAGGGGCUUCCUCAAAGAGAAUUAUUUCACAGACCAGGUUUUAUAGAAAAGCAGAACAUGUGAACAGGAAAGACCAUGAACUUUACUCUGGAGAUUUCCUGUCCAAUCCAUACUUUCCACAUUGUCUACAAGUGACAAGGUGACAUUGUGUAUAGGGUCCUCCCAAUUAGAUGAGGGUUAUUAUUGUGGUGGUGGGUUGGCUGGUUUAUUUUGGGGAAGAGUGAAGGGAAGGCAGUUUAGAUGCAAGCAAUUUUUUUUUGUUCUGUUGCAGCCAACUUUGAAUCCUCCCAAGUAAUUGGGAAAUAAAAAAAUGUAUAUCCUGUGAGAUAAUGUAUGUAAAAGAUAUUGCAAACCUUAAAGCAUUAUAUAAAUGUCAGCUAUAAUAUCAGAGACUUGAGGUAAAGAUUUACCCAUCAUAGAUUCUGUUGGUGAAGAAAUGAAUUUUAAAGUUAACCAAAAUUGUAAAUGCAUUAGUUUGGAUUUCCAAAAUAGAAAUGAGUAUGUCAUCUGUGAUAUAAACUUUGGUCCUAUAUUUCUGAGACCAUUUAUAAUAAAUUAUAGAGCAUGAACUUAGCUUUGAGGACUUACAGAAAUUAACAUCAGUUGCUACAAAUCCUUGUCUAGAAAAGAAUUGGAUCCAGAAUUAUUGGAAGCAUAGUUCAUAAAUGAGGAAUUAGUUAGCAGUGGAUAAAAGACAUGUAUUUUGGCCAAUGUACUGCUCCCUUCAAUGAUUUCAUGUAAGUUAUUUAUAAGCAAGGGAUUAUUGCCACAAAAAAGUUAUUUCUCCUCCUUCUGACCAUUGUACUUUCCUUUCCUUCCCUUCUUCCACAGGUUCCUCAUGUAGAAUUGACCAGGUAAAGAUUAAAAGAGUUAUUAACAUUUCUUUUUAGUUCAGCCAAAGAUAUUCUUUGUAAUAGAUGAGGCUGAUUUCUCCCCAUAUGGAAAUCUACUUGUUUUCAUUUCUUACCAAAAGAUAGAAAUCUAGACUUUUUUUCAAAAGCAGCUGACACAGAAUGAUAAAAACAGACUUUGUUAAAUGGCUCUGAAAAGGAAGGAAAUAUUAUUUGACACAAGGUGUAAGGGCUAGAGCCUUGUCACUAAAUUGUUGUCCAUGCUAUGCAACUUCUAAACCCUUUGGAGGAGGACAAUAUUGUGGCACGUUCCUGUCCAGGCCUCAUCCCAGACACCACCUCCUCACCUUCCAAAUUCCACCACUGCCCCCAGAUGUUAGAAUUACAACUUGUACUUGCACUUGAGAACCUUAGGUUUGGGUUUGGGUUUUUUCCCCGGUAAAACUCAGAAUCCCCAUAAGUUUCAGUGUGUGGAGUUAAUGGUUCUCAUUUCUUUAGAGUUACUGAGGCUCACACCACAUGAUGGUGAGCCCCGGUCACAGCUUGAUUAAAGCAACUUAAAGCCUCCUUGACAUCUUAUGUUUUGUAGACUCAGCUGGCACAAAAAUUUAAAAACUAAAUUUGUCUUGAUCAUGAAAUGAUUUUCAUUUCCUCUAUUUCUGUAUCUUUAUAUUCCUGUCGUUUUAUUUGACUAGUAUUACAUAAUAGCCAUAAGCCAAAAUAAUAGUGUAUACUGUGAAUAAGUUGAAAUUCAUUCUGGAAUGCUUUUUGCAGGUUUUUACUUUGACAAUUAAAGAAUCUAUGUAUUCCUCAGUAAGGGUGCUCCCUCCACUCCAGUAAAGAAGCUCUUAACCCUGUUUUAAACAUCCAUCACCUAAGCAGCCACCUGGUGGUAUUUCUUUUAAAAAACAAAAAACUCAGGCUUUUUUAGUGGAGUGGACAAUUAUCUAUGAAUCUUGCAGCAAACUACAGUUUUAAUUUUUGUGUUCUUUUCCUUAUUUCUCAAUGUCUUACCUUUCUGUGACUUUGAUUGCUAAUUUUAAAGCACAAUACAGAAAGAUUUUAAAAUA